CACGGUUCACUUAAAUGUUUGUAGGAGCACCCGCUGUUACCUUCUGACACCAGUAACACGAGUGGAAACCGACCAUCUAUAUCUUUGAAUGAUGAAGGGUGUUUGUAAUUAACUUUAUUGAAAAGCAAAAAAAAAAUCCAGGUCCCUGAGUAACGCUCAUCUCUGAACAAUCCAGGCACUUCCGGGUGUCCAGUCACAGUCAUCUGACAGGACGAGUGACCCAUGUCGGAGCAGCAACUCGACUUUCUUUAGCAGAGAGCAGAAGUUAAUCAUGCGUGGCUUGAUUUGUGGACCAAAACUCGCCGCGUGUGGGCUUGUGUUGAGCGCAUGGGGGGUCAUAAUGUUGGCCAUGCUGGGCAUCUUCUACACAACACAUUCAGCGGUACUGAUUGAAGACGUGCCUGUGAUUGACCAUAGCAUCUACCAAGAUGGGAGCCCUGAGAGGAUCUACGCCUUGUACAACAAGGUGGGCUACAACUGCUUCAUAGCAGCCGGUAUCUACAUCCUGUUUGCAGUCUUCUCCGGCUGCCAGCUGAGGCUCAACAAGCAGAAGGCGUACCUGGUGCACUAGCAGCACUUGUUGGACCGAGGAGCGCCCAGGGACGGUAUUUGGAUGCCGUGUGGGGGCAGAUCGGUUCAUUUCAAAUGAGAUUAAUUCUACCUCUGACCACAAGUGCCAAUCUUUUCUCUAAAAAUGUAUGAAACAAAAACUAUAAUAUUUGUUGAUGUCCAGAUUCACAGUGAUUGUUGUUGAAAAUGAAUUUGUCCUGACCAUUAUACUUGCUGUGCUUCAAACUAAUGUUUGUGUGGAAUGUUAGUGAUAAGUUAUUGAUUACUUUUGACGCUUGAAAUUCUGUCCAUCAUUCAUUUCAACCAUUAAAGGUAUGUUCAUCACUGAG